GGGAAAGUCCCUCGAUUAGGCUUGAUUAGGCUAUCGCACCUCUAGCCUAAUAGAAAAAUAGUUGAAUAUUUGCAAAUAUUGUACAUAUCUAAUUGUAGUGCAGUCAAAUGCGGAUGGGUACAAAUUACUGCGACUGUUAUCAAUGUCAUGAUUUACAAACCAUCUUCUCCUUUGUCCAAGAUAUGAUUUGAAGAUUAAGGUUCGGUCGUUUACAAUGAGUAAGAUCAUAAAUGAGUGCCGGAUUUAGUAAUUAGACCGUAUGAUAAAAAGAUAUAAAGUGAUAUUUAAUGUAUAUCUAGGUGUUCAAAAUGUUGAAUAUACAAAGGAGUUUGGUUGUGUUGAUACUGUUUUCCUUUCAUUUUCAUGAAGUUAUUCUUUUACAAUCAUCAACACUUGUACCCAUUGUUAAUCCAGGAAUAUAUAAGAAAGAGUAUCAGCUUAUUAUAAAUAAUACUGUUGAAUAUGUAUUGUUAUAUCCUACUACUAACGUAACGUUAAUGGAAACUGCUAGAAUAGAGGUUGAAAGCAAUGCCACUCAUGAUCAACCUCUUAUAGUGGUUGUACGUCAAAAAAGAGAAAUCCUAUCAUGGCAAAUCCCCCUUGUUGUGAAUAGUAUGUAUUUCGGUGAGGUAGAAUAUAAUAAAACUAGUCGAACUCUGUGUUCAGCUAAAUAUUAUCGGAGUGGAUCGGAUGAUGAGGAAGAAUUUGUGGCUGUUACAUUAUCUACUGUUAGCCAUAAAAAUAUUUUUUUUAAACUUAACAUGACGCAAGAAUAUCAUUUUUAUUUAAGUACAGAGCAACCAAGAACAGUAGAAAUUUCUCCGUCUCAACCUAUUUAUUAUGGUUACAAAUUCCCAGAACAGACAGGAAAUCCUUCUGUAAUUGUUCAUGUUACAUCAGAUAGUGAUACUUGUAUGACAGUUUCGAUACAAAACACAACAUGUCCUGUGUUUGAUUUAGAAAGGAAUGUUGAAUUUUCUGGUUUAUGGCAAACUGUAAGCCGGCAAGGUGGUAUAACUGUGCCAAAAGAAGCAUAUCCACUGGGCUUUUUCGUGAUACUUGUAGUGAAAGGUGAUGAUACUGAUUGUUCUGGUGUUCCAAGUAUGAUCUCUGCACGAAAUAAAAAGGUGACACUAACAAUAAAUACUAGUAUUACCAAAAAGGAUUGUCUCAUUGCUUCUGGAAUAGCAAUAGUUAUUAUCGUUACAUUUUGCUUUGCUUAUAUCAUAAGCAUAGUACUAUAUAAAAUCAAACAAGAUAGAAAACUGAAGCAAGAAUUACUGGAUCAAGAAUCUCAGCAGAUCGAUGACCCUAUAGCAAGUCCAUCAACGAUAGAGGAGACCGGUACGAAUCAAAUAGUGUCUGCAGAUGAAAAUUCUUCUCUGGAUGAAGACGACAUUGAUAUGAUGGAAGACGCACAGUAUGACAAAGAUGUGAUACGAACAAAACUAGUGCUUUCAGUUUGUGAUCUCGCUCGCAAAGAUCCAAAAAUUCUCAGGAACAAGUCUCGAUUAUACGUUUAUUACUUAUUAACGGUCGCUAUUUUCUAUACUUUACCCGCUGUCCAGCUGGUGACCACGUACCAGCACGUGGUUUAUGUUACUGGCAACCAAGAUAUGUGUUAUUACAACUUCUUAUGUUCUUAUCCGUUUCUGUCGGUGUCGGACUUCAAUCACGUUUUCUCCAACAUUUGGUACAUCAUGUUAGGUCUUCUAUUUCUGUUCAUAACAUACUUCCGAGAGUUCAAUGAAAUCGAAAGGGAAAAGAACAAAUGUUACGGUAUACCGCAACAUUACGGAUUAUUUUACGCGAUGGGCACCGCGCUCAUCAUGGAAGGCAUACUUUCGGGGAGUUAUCACGUCUGUCCAAAUCGAAGCAAUUUUCAAUUUGACACGAGCUUUAUGUACAUCAUAGCAGUGCUGUGCAUGAUUAAGAUUUAUCAAACCCGUCAUCCAGACAUAAAUGCCCGAGCGCCGGUUACAUUUGGGCUUCUGGCGUUAGUCAUUUUCAUAGGAUUGUUGGGAGUUUGGCUAAGUGGCUCGACAUACUUCUGGAUUAUGUUUUCAAUCGUACACUUGCUAACUUGUCUGUACCUGACAGUACAGAUUUAUUUUAUGGGACGAUGGAAAGGCAAGGGUUUGCUAAAAAGAGUAAUACUGACUUGUAAACAAGAUGCCCGUGCUGGAAUCACGCAUCUGAUUCGACCCAUAUACCCGGCACGAUUUAUUAUGCUCGUCAUAGCAAAUUUAUGUAACAUAGCGUUUGCAGUGUUGGGAAAUAUAUAUCACCAGAAGAAUUUUGCAACGUUUCUACUAGCAAUAUUAAUGUCCAAUUUAAUUUUGUAUACUCUAUUUUAUAUCGUUAUGAAGAUUUGCCAUAAAGAACGAAUUGUACUUCAACCAUUAAUUUAUAUCCUUUUAUCAAUUGCAUUCUGGUCUGCUGCUUUAUAUUUUUUUAUAAACAAAACUAUCUCAUGGGCAGUUACACCAGCACAGUCACGCCUAUUUAAUAGAUCCUGCGAACUCUUCAACUUCUUUGAUAGCCAUGACAUUUGGCAUUUUUUGUCUGCUUUAGCAAUGUUCUUUUCGUUUAUGUCACUGCUUACUCUAGAUGAUGAUCUAAUCGAUGUACAUCGAAGUCAAAUACCAGUCUUUUAAGGACAAUGACACAAAUGAAGAGAUGUUUUACACUUUUUUUUUAUAUCUUUGAUGAUAUGAUUGCAUGUAAUAUACAUUCAAAAUUGAUAUUCGAUCAAUUAAAAAUAGUAUAAAAUAUAUUGUAUGUAUUUAUAAAGA